UCAAACCGGGACGUGGUUGGCAGUAAUGUCUCGUUGGAGUUAUCUUUGCAUGAUAGCUCUCCUCAUCGUGAUGUCCGAUGAAGAGGAGACUUCUUCCAUCGGCCCACAGAUGAGUGUAUCUACGACAACGAAGAAGGCAAUUGUCUACCGCUCCCGAUAUCCUUAUGUAGUCUCUAUCGGUGAGAACUUAAAAGGAUACUACAAGCACCUCUGCGUGGGCGUUAUCAUUUCGGAUGAGUUUGUGCUUACUGCGGCCCACUGCAUCAAAUCGAAGAAGACUCCGCCACCAAGAAUGUUUGUGGCCGCUGGCGCCGAUAUGCUCAACAGUCAAAAGCAAACCCGCUUUUUCGUCGUCGAAGUACGGUGGCAUCCCAAGUUUAAGUUGCUUCAAGGCCACGACAUUGGCGUCUUAAGGGUCUUCCCGAAAUUCCAGCUGGACAAUAUUCGAUUCCGGAGUAUUAGCUUCACAGUCAAGCCGCAACAGGAGAGUGGCAUAAGGGCCAAUCUAAUUGGCUGGGGACGUGUGAAGAUCAGCAUGCGAAUAGGCAUUCAGGAGAUUCCCUUUCAGACGAUCGAAAACGAUGUGUGUAAGAGGAAGCACCGAUUUGUGUUCCUCACUGGAACAGACAUCUGUGCAAUACACUUGAGAGGAUCCAAAGGACCCUGCGAUGGAGACUCGGGAGGUCCUUUGGUGAGCGUCGUGAAAGAGAAGCUCUACGGCUUACUUUCCUACGGAAGAAAGGCCUGCACGCCAUUGAAGCCGUAUGCUUUCACUCGUGUUAGCAUAUACUCGGACUGGAUUAAAAAAACCAUGGAAGAAAUGAAAGUACAUAUUGUAAGGGUUAAUCGAACUAGAUGGUAUGAUUUGAGAAGCGGUGCGCUUAAAAAAGUAAAAAUAAUUAAAUAAAUCCAACAGAGAACGGCUGGACGUUUUUAUUUGUACUGUACAU